AUGGCUUCUGAAGACCUCCAGGUGCUGGCGCGCAACUGUUUUGCGGUGCUCUGGAAGGCCGCGGGGGGUGAAGGCACGGAGAAGGACCCCAGCGCCAGGCUGAGCGGCCGCAUGCAGGCCGUCGGCUUCCUGCUUCUCCUCGGUGGCGGCUCUCCGCCCUCCCAGCCUCUUCCAGAGAGCAGCCCCCCCGGCCUGGUGUCGCGCCACUGCGAGGCCGCCAUGGUGGAGUACGAGGCCCUCUGCAGCCCGCUGGGGGAGAAGGCGGCCGCCAUCUUGGUGAAGGAGAGCGAGCGCUUCCUGCUCCGCCCCCUGCUGCACAAGCUGGGCGGGCCGAGGCAGGACCAGGGCGACCCCAGCUGCCUCUGGGCAGGGGCCACGCUGUGUGAGAUUGUGCUGAACGUCUGCAAGCAGCUCUGUAAGGCCGGCUGUUGGAAGCGAGCUGCAGCGCUCCUGGAGCAAGCCAGGGGCCGGCUGCAAGGGCACAGGGACGCUGCCCACCUCGGCCUGACGCUGGAGCUGGCCGGCCGAGGGCUGGGCGUGCACCAGGCCCUCUCCGCCGGGCAGGAGUGUAGCCAGCACCUGGCGGAGUGCGCCCACGUCCUGAGAGGCUUCCCUUCCGCCGCCAACGACCAGGAGUGCCGCAUGGCCGUGGAGGGGUGCCAGCUGGUGGCGUGGGCGCUGGAGACCGGGCUGAAGCGGGGGCAGGCGCUGGGCGGCGCAGCGCUGCUGGGCUGGCUCUCCUUCGCUGGGCUCUACCAGGAGCUGCUGCAGAAGCGCCUGGACAGCGCGCAGGUGGCAGUUCGGCAGCCAGAGCAUCAGUUUCUCCAGCAGGUCCUGUUCCAGAGUCUCCAGCAGGGAUUCUUCCUGGCCUACGACAGCCUGCUGGCCUCACAGCUGCAGGACAGGGAGGACCUGAGGAGGGUGGUGCUCUCCUGUCGGGCAGCAGCCGGCCGGCUCCUGGGGGAGCAACAGGGCUUCUCUCCAUCGGACAGAGGGGAGUACUUCGUUAAAGCUGUCAGCUGCAUCAAUACCCUGGCCUGUGGACUGUACAACCAGCAGCUGUACUCCGAGGCCCUCUCUCUGGUGGAGAUCUUGUGCAAGGAGCUGGCCAGACCAUCCGGCCUCUCUCUGCCUCAGGACAAGCUGCACCGCGCGUUCCUGGUGGCCGUGCAGAGCUCGCGGAAGAGCGGGCAGCCGGAGCGGGCGCUCGACUGGGUGGUGUCCUGGCUGCGGGCGCUGGGCGACCAGGUGACCGAGCACAUGGCGGAGCCCAUCUCCCUGUGGGUCAGAACCAAGGCCGAUGCCGCCCGCAGUGGCAUGGAGGACAUACGGCUCAGGACGCUGAAGGACGGGCUUGGGACGCCCGCGCCCGCGGAGGCUGUGCUCCUCGCCCUGCUGGAGGAGGAGCUGCGGGCGUACCGGGGCGUGGCGGGCGACACGGCGCAGGAGCGCUACAACACCCUGUGCGACCUGCUCGAGAUCUGCCACGAGGGCAGCCCGCGGGCGCACGACCGCGCCGCGUACCUCUGCGAGCUCGCGCAGGUCCUCUGCUACCACGACCUGGCCGACCAGACGGACUGCUCGGCCAUGGAUGCCAUCCAGGAGUCCCUGAGGCUGCUGGAGCAGCAGCCCGAGACCCCAGAGAACAGGGACCGGCUGCGGGACAACCGGGCGCAGGCCUCCCUCUGGCUCUACAUCUGCACUCUGGAGAAGAACCUGCAAGAGGCGCUGGAGACGGACCAGAGGUUACGCGCGGCACAGGAGCAGGCGGGAGAGAAUUGCGCCGGGACCCCCAGCCCCAAUGACCUGGACUACGAGGACCAGCAGCAGGACAGCCAGCUCGUCUACGAGGGCCUGCGCUUCAACCUGGUGGCCGAGAGCGAGCAGUCGCAGCCUCUGGACCGGGCCCUGGAGCUGUGGCGCUCCCUGCUGGCUGGAGGGGCUGUUCCGGCAGUGCGCAGCACCAAGCAGACAGCCUCUGCCCUGCACCUCAUGGCAGCCCUGUACAGGCUGAUGGGCAAGGUGCUGCCAGCUCUAGAGAGCUACCUCCUUGCAGCCCGGCUCUCGCGAGGACUGGGUGAUUCCCGCAGCUCUGCCAGUGCCCUGUGCCACACGGCUAAGCUGUUGCUGGAGAUCGGUGCCCCCAACCUGGCACAGCCCCACCUGGAGGAGGCGGAGGCGUGUCUGUCGGCAGCGGACGCCAGCACCGAGGGCCUCUCUCUGCUCGACCUGCUGCGCCAGCUGCUGAGAAGCCAGCUGUGCUGCGCCACCGGUCAGGUGGAGGAAGGCGUGUCUCACCUGACGCAGGUGUUGCAGGAGCUGGCAGAACAGAAACAGACCAAGAGCUGGUGCCUGUUGAGAGCCAGCGCCCUGCAGACUGUGGGCAGUUUCCUGAGCUUGCCCACCUCCACGCUGCCACCCCGCCUGCGGCAGAGAGUGACCGCGUAUGGGUGGAAGUCCCCGGGCGUGGCCCUCAGCGAGAGCAGGAAGCUGCUGUGCAGUGUUGUGGUCACCCUGCUGGGGAACGGGGUGCUCGGGACCGACAAGCUCCAGACGAAGUCGCGCUUCGUGGACCAAGGAGAGAACCUCCUGCAGAAGUGGCAGGUGCUGUCCGAGGUGCUGAGCUGCUCCCAGCGGCUGGUCUCUCUGAGCAGCCAGGCUGGAGCCACCUGUGAGGCCAAGGCCCUGUGUCUGGAGGCUCUUCGCCUGACCACCAAGCUGCAGACCCUCCGCCAGUGUGCUGAGUUCCUGGUGAUGAAGGCGGAGCUGGAGCUGCAGAGGGGGGAGGCCGAGCCCAGUGGGAUGGACCUGCAACAAGUCCGGGAGCUGCUGGAGCACUGCGCUGAUUUCAGCAGGAAGACGGUAAAGAAAGAGGUGAAGAUCAAACCGAGGAAAGGUCGGAAGGUGAAGAAGCAGGACCCUGCAGUGCCCCCUUCUGGCCAGGACCCGGUACAGCGGCAGACUGGGGAGGAGCAGGAGGAUGAAGCGCGGUUCCUGAGCCGGUGCCCCUUCCCCCGCGAGGCCAUCGAUGCCGUGCGCGAGUGGAGCCUGUCUUCGUCGCCGCCUCUCAGACCACGUGCCCAGGGCUUGCUGUCCUGUCUGGCCCACGGCUCUGACUGCGACUGCCCCUGCUGCUCCGACCCUGGGCUGGCCCGCGUGGUCGCGCGCUGGGCUGCCGCCCGGGCUGAGCUGUACCGCUCUGCGGAGGAGGAGGGGGACGGCGACGGCCGCAAGCUGCUGCUGGCUGGCCUGUCUCGCUGCAACAACCUGACCGCCAAGCUGGGGGCUGCCCUGGCUCGGCUGUGUUGUAGGGGCACGCAGAAGAAGCCCGCUUGUGCUCCGACUUAUCUUCACGACUUAGUGGGCAGGAUUUACCUGCGCCUGGCCUGCUCCAGCCUGGAAUCGCGGGCUGAGAAGCCCACGGCCACUUGGGAACUCCUGGAGGCUGGCCUGAAGUUCCUGGCCUCUGCCAGCUCGCCUGAGCUGGAGCCCCUCCGUGCCGGCCUGCUUGCCACCAAAGCGUUGGCCUCAAUUUGUGCCCUGGCUGCCCAGAGGGACUGCCGCCCAGAGGAACUCUUCACCCCAGCCUGGGCCUGGACCCCACCAGCUGAGGGGGAAGUCCAAAGCCAGCCCAUGCCCGUCGAGAAGGCUAAAGGGAAGAGCAACGUCGUUUUGGCUCCACCCAAAACCAGAAAGACCUUGCAUUCUGCCAAAAAGACACCUGCCUCUAAAAAACCUGUGGUCCCAAGCUUCAAGACUCCUACGCCUGGAGAGCCGUACUCCUUCGACGAGAUAGACGGCGAGCUUCCACACAUCUCCAUCAAGCCCGCCUCGCCCCCAGCUCUGGGCACCCCAGUUCAAACGCACCGUCCCAGGGCAGGAGCUUCUCGUGGUUCGGCCAGGCCCGGACUCAAGGCCCAGCAGCAGUUCAAGGUGUUCGUGGAGUCUUCACCCGUGCAGGACGAGGCGACGCCAGUGCCCGCCGCUCCCAGACGCAACAAAAAGUCACGCUUUAAGGUGGUUUUCAGUGAUGAAAGUGAUACAGAAGCAGCCGAAGAGGUGCAGGAAGUGAAGCAGGAUGUUCUCGCCAGCAAGAAGCCAAGAGAGAAACGGGGUGCCAAAGAGCCCCACCAAGAUGGGAAAGCAAAACAGCUCCCUCACACUGACAAACCGGGCAAGAAGAGAGCGGGCCGGGUACCGGCCUCAAAAACGCCUUCUACCGCCCUGCCUCCAUCCUCCCCCUCCUCUGAGGACUCGGUCAAGGCUGUACCUGCCACCAGGAGGGAGACUAGAGCAAGAAAGGGCACUCGUUCUGGCGCCGCCCUACUGGCCAGAAGGAUGGUGGACUCGACAGGAAUUCCUGAGCCUGAACAGAUGAGGACCAUUGAGGAAGAAGAAGAGGAGGAGCUGCUGGAGUUAGAGAUGAGUCUGGAGCAGCUCAGAGCGUCCGACACAGAGGAGCAGGAAACAUCUGGAAGGCGGCAAGGUUGGCAUCCAGGCCUCCCAGACGGAGAUCGUGAGGUCCUGAGACGGGAUCUGGGAGCCGAGAGGGACAGGGAUGGGCUGUGCGAGGCCACCAGAGGGGUGACCCCCGGUACCUCAUUCCCCAGCAUUAACCCAGUCUCUCUGUCUGUCCCCGCAGAGGGUCUCUCCAUGGCCGCGGUGCAGGCUCUCCUGCGCGCCACGCUCCUGUCCGUGCAGCACUGCCCCCCGGCUGCCCUCUACGCCCGCGUGUGCCACCUGCUGGCCCUGUGCCACGGCGACGCCCUGCCUCUGGCCACCGCAUUCCUGCACGCCGAGUCUCUGGCCAUCACCGCGAGGCACAGCAUGGGCCGGCACCUGUACAGCCGCCAGCGGAAGUUGAAGAAGGCGUCGGGGCCUGACCUGGCCGAGCGGCUGCAGGAGCUCUGCCUGGGGGAGCAGCCAGGAGACCCCUCCCUGGAGCGCCUCGCCCACCUGGAGCACAUCUUCCAGUUCCCCUGUCUCGAGCCCGGAGCCUUCCCCCAGGGCCACUGCCAGAGGUUUCAGGAGCAGCUGCAGCGCAUCCCUCCUGGAGUGACGGUGUGCCUGCUGUCGCUGAGACCCAUCGGCACGCUGCUGCGGGAGUUCGAGGCCAUGCAGCAGGAGCAGAAGGCGCUCAGCAACGUCACGGACAAGGCGGAGUGGUGGGAGGGGCGCCGCCUGCUGGAUGGCAGGAUGAAGGCGCUGUUAGAAAGUAUGGAGGAGCAGGUGCUGAGCUGCUGGAGGGGCCUGCUGCUGCCCCAUUGUCAGGACCCCGAGGUGGCCAAGCAGGCUGCCUGUCUGCAUCAAGCGCUCUCUGAGUGUGGAGCCCAGAGCAGCGAAGACUUGCUGAAGGCUGUGCUGACCGCCGCUCCUCUCCUCUCCCCCUCGGACCUGCGCUUGCUGGCUGGGGGGUUGUGUCCGACGCAGCCCGAUGAAGCACAGCGCCUCCUGCAGUCUGCCGUCACUGUUCUGAAAGACCGACAGGAGAGCCAGCCAAAGGGACAUGUCGUCCUUAUCCUGGACAAGCACCUGCAGAAGCUCCCCUGGGAGAGUGUGCCCUGUCUGAGAGCCCGCGCUGUCACCCGGCUGCCCUCUCUGCACUUCCUGCUGGGACACUGCGCCCUGAGAGAGCUGGACCCACGCUCGGUUCUGAACCAGGGUGUGGACCCACGGCGCACGUUCUACGUGUUGAACCCACAGGCCAACCUGCUGGGCACCGAGGAGCGCUUCCGGGACUGGUUCACCAGUGAGGAGGGCUGGCAGGGUGUGUGUGGCCGAGCCCCGACCCCCGAGCAGGUGCAAGAGGCCCUCUCCACCCAGGACCUCUAUGUUUACGCGGGACAUGGGGCCGGGGCACGGUUCCUGGACGGCUCGGCGGUCCUGCGGCAGGAUUUCCACGCUGUGUCCCUCCUCUUCGGCUGCAGCAGUGCUGCGCUGGCGGUCCGAGGCGAACUGGAAGGCACAGGCAUCGUUCUCAACUACCUCAUGGCUGGCUGCCCGCUGGUCCUUGGCAACCUGUGGGAUGUGACGGACCGGGACAUCGACCGCUUCAUGAAGACCCUCCUGCAGCUGUGGCUGGGGGCCGGUCGCGGGGCGCCCCUCCUGGAUCACAUGACCGCAUCCCGCCAGGCGCCGCGGCUGAAACACCUCAUCGGCGCUGCCCCGGUGGUGUACGGUCUCCCCGUGUCUCUGCGCUGACUGCCUUUCUUGUAACUCCCCACAUUCCAGCAUUGUGCAUCCGCUUGAUCUCUCCAGGUUUUAUCUGGAGCUGGGGGUGGGGUCCUUGAGUGCAAUAACCGCAGCUGCAUUUUGAAAUUUAUUAUCUCCACGUCUGUCUAAGCAUGUUCUGAAAAUGGGUUGGAAACUGCCAUUAAUUAUUCAUUUGCUUUUAUGAGAUAAUAUAGCUUGUUAAACUUGCAGCGGAACUAAUUGGCUGUGCAGUGGGAUUUAUAUUUGUUUCCCUGUAUUUUGAAAUGCCAGACUAUGCAGGAGCUGGGAUAAACUCCCAGGGUUUUACAAUGGUCUCCAAGUGAAGGAAAGUGUUGUCGACAAGACAAAGUUAUGGAUCUCUCACUAUCCUGAGACUGUUCAUGCAAACCCAUUGGCCUUUAUUCAAGCAAGCCAAAAAGAGCCAAAUCCAGUGCAUUUAUUUAUAUUUACAAGUGUGUGCUCGGAUAUCCCCUGACAUUUAGGCCAGUAUAUGUUUAUGGUUUUUUGCUUUUAUUUUUUAACUACCAUUUUGUGUAUAUGUAUUUUAAGGUUGUGAACAAUGUAUGCAUUCCUUUUUAAAGUAUGUAAUAAAGAAAA